CGCCGCCUCCGCCAUUAGUCCGCAACGGAAAAAGCUUUCCCCUCCCACCACCCCCCACCAACACCCCGCACCGAGCCCCGCCUCGCCUUCCGCCGGAUGCGGCGGAGAUCGUCCCGGAAGGGUUGCCGUGACAACGCGGCGGCGGUGGCGGUAGCGGUGGAGGGGUCCCGCCGGUGCGAGCUGUGCGGGGCCGCGGCGCGGGUUCGCUGCGGCCACUGCCGCAUCACGCACUACUGUGAUAAGGAUCAUCAGAAAGCUGACUGGGUCAGUAUCCACAAGCAAAUAUGCCAGCUGCUGAUCCCAAUCCGCACGUCCCUCCCAUGUCCCCCUACGGAAAGAGAGAGAAAGCAUGGUAUGGAGCAGCUGCUGAGGAGGCAGAAAUACAUCAUCGACGUGGCGUACAGCACAGCCCAGGAGUUUGUUUGGGAUGGGAAGCACGAGGAAGCGCGGCCGGCAGCUCUGCAUGCGCUGCGCUUCAGCAUCGAGGUGUACGGCUCCAAUUCCCUGCAACUGGUGCCUGCUUAUCUCCUCUUGGCUGAGGCCUCCACUGGUGCUGGGCAUCUCCCAGAGGCGUCAAAGUAUCUCUCCCAAGCCGAGUGGAUUGUCCUCAGAACCCCAGACUGCAGUGCUGCUGUUCAGUACAAAUUGCAUCGUAGUCUGGGGCUGUUCUGUGCUGCUAAAGGGAACUUCGAGCAGGCUUUAUACCACCUGGCAAACGAUGUUUACCUUGCUAGUUCUACGUUUGGACUACAGUCUAUUGAGACCUCUGGAGGUUAUUUCCACAUGGCUAAUAUUUUCUUCCGCCAGAACAAAAUGGACAUAGCAAACUCGCUCUACGCUGAGGUGGCCGGCGCCUGGCAUGCCUUUCUCCUGAAGUCACUCCAAGCCCAGCAGCAGGUUCUCAAGUUGCGACCGGAAAUGUCUCUUUUCACCAAGGACAGGGAAGUCAGUGAGGAGCCCAUGACUGAAGCCCAGCAAGUAGAAGGAAUCCGAGUGCUGAAUGCCAUAUUAGACAUCAGAGAACAGGCACCAACACAACAACCUGGGGAAACUGCCAAAGUCCUGCACGCUCUUGCCAUGCUUCACUACCUGCUCAUGGAUCUACCAAAGGCUCGGGAGCUGGGGCUGAAAGCCUUUGAGCUGGUGAAACAACUGCCCCAGCAGGAGUCUCUCGAACCCCUCAGGCACUUGUUGAAGCUGAUGAACGUGGAGCCUUCCUCCACAAAAUGAAGAACUUCCUACCAGAGCAGCUCUUUGGCCAUUGUCACUGAACACAAAGGGUGUUCCCAGCCGUGUCCUCGCUGCUGCUGCCACCUCUCCUGUCUCAAGGUGUUUGGAAAUCAAUCAUUUUGGGAUGAGCUCACUCUCCCAACCUCCAUAGCCUGUUAUGGAGUAACUGGGUGAGGGUGAGGGACAAAAGCACAACCACCUGAUGCAUAAUUCAUUACCUGAUGAUUUAUGAAUAAACCAAUGGCCUCUUCCACCCGCA